GCGGGUUCAAAGAACAUCGGAAUAAUAAAACUGUUUUUUAACGGUACCAUCCUGCCGCCAGGUACCAUCGAGCUCUUGUGUGGAUGUCCCACAUAUUAUAUUUUAGUAAAAGAAUGAAGUCAGUGCUAAAAUAGUGAUUUUUUAAAUUAAAGGAACCCAAGAGAUAAACAAAAACUAAUCAAUUCAACCUUCAACCUUCAAAUAAUGAUAAGGCAAAGAUUAUAAAUAUCAAUAAUGCACCCAUCAUCAUUCAGUUAAGAGUUUACGACUAAAAAUGUCUUCUAGGAUAAAUUUGUAUUUGAUUUAUACAACUUUUUGCACGCUUUGUUCAGGAUUCGUACUAAUAUCUUCGGCUGCAGGUUCGAAUUUCAAAUUUUUCCCUGCAGGAGAAACAAGUAUUUACCGAUGGAAAUCCAGUGUGAUUUUAAAUGAAAUCGAAGCUAAUAGUAGGGAAAUUGGAUUUUUAUUAGAGGGUCAGCUAAAUGUGAAUUCCUUGUGGCAAAAUGAAGAAUGGACAUUACUGAAAUUAGAGGUAGUUGAGCCAAAAAUUCAACCCAAAUCCAAUAUUGCAAAUUCAAAAUUGGAUUUGGACAAAAAUCCAUUUAUAAUUGUAUUGAAAAAUGGAGCUAUUGAGCGUUUUUUCCUACCAAAACAGGACAAAAUAGCUUCAAAAAACCUUAAACGAGGCAUUGCUAGUUUAUUCCAGCUUAAUUUUGAACCAGGUGCGUCUGAAACCGAUGCUUCAGGCCAUUGCAACGUAUCAUCUCAUUUGAUUCAACGAAAAACCAAAUCUGAUUGCUUUUAUGAUGAUCUUGAAAGCCUUAAGCAUUCUGAUGAAAUUUUAGGCACCAAAAUACUAUCUGAAAGAAUUAAUGAAUAUACCUAUGAUGACAAAAUAGUUAAAACUAUAACAUCCAAAGAGCGUCAUGAAAUAUUUAUUGAAGCCAAACAACAAUUGGGAAGCAUUAUUAAAUCAGAACAAAUAAUAAUUCAUCAAGGAACAAUUACAAUCACUAAAAUGAAUGCUGCAACUAUUGAAAUAGCUUUAAGCGAAGCUGCUAAAGAUUUAACAGAAGCAUCGCUGAUAACUGAAGCAGAUUCGAAGCAAAAUCAUAAGCAAUUUAAUAAGGAAGUUGGUUUAGUCAGGGAGCAUUUGAGGAAUCAGCAUUUGGGAAGCAUUAAAUCGGCCAAGGCGUUUUUGGACUUGUUGAGCAUUGCUAGAACUGCUAGUAAGGAUGAUAUUUCCAAAACGUUGAGUUCCAAGAAGAAUAAAGAUGUUGUGCUCCAACUUUACGAUAUUCUCGGUUACGCUCAAACUCAAAACUCGCACAAGGCCGUCAUGAAAACCCUCCAUUUGGACAGCGAAGAACACACCGAUCAAAUCGAGCGGUACCUUUGGGCCUUGUCCUUUUCCACUCACCCAAACAUCGAAAUAGUCGAAGAUUUAUUGAACAAAUUCAAAAAAUACUCGCAAAUACCUGCCAAAGUUCGAGACACUUUAAUAUUAUCGCUGGCCUCUUUGGCUAGGACUUUAGCUUCAAGCCAAAAACACGAUUACCAAACUUCAAAAGUUUUAAGAAACAUUGAAGAAGCCAUAAUAAACGGACUAGAUUAUGCUAAAGACAUCGAACGUUUUGUUUAUUUGAAUGCUUUAAAAAACUUACAAUCGCCUUCAACUAUACCAAAAUUAAUGCAAAUUCUUCAAAGUGGCUCUUUGAAGGAAGAAGUUUUAGCUUGGAGGGCUUUGAAGGCCUUUGGCAAGAAAUUCUGGACUACCGAUCUUUUAAAAUUAGCAAAAAAAACCUUGUAUCAACUCGAUAAGGCACAUGAUACAAGCUCUAGAACUUUGGCAGCAGAUUUACUACUUGAAUCCAAACCAACUGAAACAACUUUGCAAGAUUUGCUUUACUUUGCAGCCUCAAACGAAACAAAUUUCGAAAUCAAACAAUACGUGUUUCAAAGCGUCAAAAUGAUGGCAGAUAAAUAUGAGCUGUUCAAUAGUAAGCUGCAAAAUAUAAUUAAGAAUAGUAAAAAGCUUAACAACUAUUCAGCUUUGGCACCCAGAGGUUUAUCUACAGCAUUGAGAAGAAGCAUUUUUAAAGGGGCUUCUGUUAAUGGGAGCCUUAUUUCAGUGCAAGAAAUCAAAGCUGGAAUAGUGAAACGAGGCGUGGUUGAUGUGGUUUUGGAUAAAAACGGAAUUUCCAAGGAGCUAUUUACGUUAGGUAUUUUUGCUGGAGGCUUGAGUAGUUUCACUUCAAGCAGUUCUACUACUGAAACUGAAGAUGAAGAAAAUUCAAUAGCAGGCAUGGAACUUACUUUAAUGGGUACUCAAAUAAGGCCUUUUGUGUUUUUCGAAGGUAGUGGCGAGCUGAUGGGGCACGUUUGGUCUGGUACAGCUUCAGAAAUUACUCCAGCUUUCCAGGCCUUAAUCUUGGUGCAAGACCACGAAGAUUAUCUGAGACUUGGCAAUGGGUUUUUGGUCCAGAUAAACCUAAAAGGAGCGGUUUCGUUUGAUUUGUCUGGAAAAAUUGAGGUUUCAAUUUGGAAUAGGAACGCGCAAAGUCUAAUUAAAAAAUCGGUUGGAUAUGUAACAAAAGGUUGCAUAAAAGUGGAUACAGAUUUCGUAAAGAGCCAACUUGAAUUCGAAGGCUCAGUAGAACCGAAAUUGAAUUUGGAAAUUGAUGCUGAUUUUUCUGAUAAUGUGAAGUUGUGCAUGAGAUUGUCGCAGCCUGAUUCAAUUUUCAGGCAUAGUAUUGCAAAACUUGAAUCAAUUCCGACUGGCAAAUACGAAAAGAAAUUCGCUCUGAAUAGGAAAAUGGAUCUUCCUGGAUCAACUUAUGCUUUGAAUAGGAAAAAUGAUUUGAUGUGCAGUGAAAUAUUUAGCUGAAUUGUGCUCAAUUGAAUAAGGCGUGAUCUGUAUAAUUUUAUAUUUUGUAUAUUUUUGUAUAUAAAUUUUGUUUUUUUAAGUUUCUUUAGUCAAGGGUAUUCUUUAUUUUCUUUCCAGCGAAUUUGAGCCUAAUUACGUUAAGAUCGAAUUGAAAUCAACAAAGUUGUGAAGCUAAAUGUCUAUCAAUGGUAUUAUGGAAAAUAUAUGGAAUUCUCAAAACACGACACUGAGGAACGCUUUAUUUUUUUAAUGAAAAUUUGGAUUGAAAUUUUGCCAGUAGAUAGAUAUAGGGAAGAUUGAAAUUUUCAAGUUGGAAGUAGGUUUGUUCCUCGUUGAUACCUACUUGAGAAAAUCAUAAAAUUUCUGUAAAAUCGCCUUUGGAGGAUUUAUUAAUUAGAGUUUUUUCAUGAUACAAAACAAAUUGGAAGUUGAUAUAAAACUCACAGUCAAAGUUACGGCUUUUUUUAUUCAUGAUGAUGUUUGAGAAAAUCAUAAAAUACCUGUAAAAUCAGCUUUGAAGGUUCCUGAAAAAUACUUUGAGCCAUCACCGCAUCUUGAAACUUCCAGGAUUUAUUAAUUAGAGUUUUUUCUUAAUACAAAACAAGUUUGAAGUUGAAAUAA